CCUGAUUCAAAUUAACACAAAACAAUAAAAAAACAACAAAAAAUGGCUCCUCAAACAGAAUUCGUUUCGAAAACCCAACAUUACCUCAAAGUCAAGAAACCUUUAUUGGAACGCCAAAGACGUGCCCGCAUGAACAAGUGUUUGGAUGCUCUCAAAGAAUUGGUAGCCGAAUUCCAGGGCAACGAUGCCAUUUUGCGUAUGGACAAAGCUGAAAUGUUGGAAUCCGCAUUGGAAUUCAUGAAGACUCAGGUGAAACCACAAGAACAGCAGCAAACCACAAGUCUACAAUUACCCGCCAUGGUGCCAAUGGACAGUUUCCGUAACGGUUACAUGAAUGCUGUCAAUGAAGUUUCUCGUGUUAUGGCCGGCACUCCUGGCAUCAAUGUCAACAUCGGUAAGGCCGUUAUGACCCAUUUGGGUUCCGAAUUCAAUCGUUUGCUGCAACAGACCACAGUACCAGUUGUCAGGGAUGAAGUGGCCGAAGCCAACAAAGUUAACAUUAAAGCUCCCAUGAGUCCAGCCUCAUCGGGCUACUGCAGUGACAAUGAAGAACAACAAUCGUCACAAGGAUCACCAAACAGUACCAUCUCCAGCAGCAGCUCCUCCAUGUGGCGUCCUUGGUAA